UUACACCUAAAUUUUGAAUUUCCAAAAGCAAUAUGAAAUUCUUGAGCGUUGGAUCCUUUUUGGCCUUGUCCGGUUUGGCAGCUGCUGGAAGUUUGCAUCAUGGUGGAGCUAGUAGUUAUAGCACCGUAAUCAAUCAUGGUGAGGGUAAUCAUGGCCACGGAUGGUCGGGACAUGGUGGUGCCGGCCAUGGCGGCCAUGGUGCUGUUGUUUAUAGCCAUGGUGGUGCUGGAUAUGGUCAUGGUGGUGCUGGUGGCUGGGAUCAUCAAGAUUAUCAUUCGUAUCCCCAAUACCAAUUUGAAUAUGGUGUGCAGGACUCUAAGACUGGCGAUAACAAGAACCAAUGGGAACAACGGGAUGGUGAUCAUGUGCAAGGUAAGAUAUAAAAUGAAUUAUAUGAUAGACAUAUUUCUUACUAUUUUACAUAAUUAUAUUGGCUUGUAGGUAGCUACACCUUAAAGGAAGCCGAUGGCACCACUCGUGUGGUGGAUUAUCAUGCCGAUGGUCAUCAUGGUUUCAAUGCUGUGGUCAAGAAGUUGGGUCAGGCCAAUCAUGCUGGUGCUAAUGGAGGACAUGGUUAUGGUCAUGGCUACGGACAUGGCUAUGGCCAUGGUUAUGGUCAUGCCACCAGUUAUGCCAAAGUUAAAUUGCAUUAAUAUAUCGAUGACGAAUUUCUGAUGGAUUUUUUUAACGAUAUGCGGCAAAGGAUAUAUGUUUUGUUAUUCGUAGA